UUGAGACUCCCUUUAAGAGUGUUUGAAUUUGGCACCAUCCAAUUUUACCGCCAUUGUUAGCCUUUUGUUUGAGUCUGCGCAAUAGGCGCUCAUAUACUGAUACAGAUGGAACCGGGGCGAUUGCCGGAUCUGUCUUGGUAAUUUGGAUAAAGCACGGGAUAUCAAAGAGAUUCCACGGACAUGAAUAAAGAAAGGUUAAAAAAAGAUAGUGUUCUGUCGGGUCCUUCGAUAGUGCCAAGCCCCGUGUAAUUGCCCCCGGGUCCGUCACAAAGGAAUCUCUUGCUGGAAAGAAGUCGUAGAGGGUAGAGAUGGAUACGUCAAGCAUCCGUGAGUGGAUUAGAGGCGUUAUGCGGAUUGAGGACGAUGAGGCGGCAGAGGUCUGCACCCUGUCUCGGGCGUCGGGCACGUCGUCCGUGCACUCGAGCAGGGUGCGGGCAGAGGUCAGGUUGGCGGAGCUGCAAGCAAGGCAGGACACCAACCAGCGCCAUCGCGAGCUUAAGCUGGAAAGGCGUCGGCUUGAGCUAGAAGAAGAGGAGCUCGCCCUGGAGACGGAGCUGCGGGCAACUUUGAGCGAAGUGAGUGUGUUGGAUCGGUAUGACAGAGCACCGAGUACAUGUGGAGAACCACCUACGUUGUCGUUUCAUCCUAAAGAGGAGCCCGACUCGGAAAGGAACCCAUGGAAGGGAAAGUUCAAGCUCCCUAACGUUAACCCUCCGAGUAGAGACAGGCAGGUACAACAGAAUGACAGUUCAAAUAGUGUAGUUUGUUGUGAGGACAUUCUUCGGCAUCAGAACGAAAUCACCGAAAGUUUAGUGAAGCAAAGUAAACUGGCAACCCUGCCAACCCGAACUAUCCCUACGUUUGACGGAAACCCGCUGAACUUCAAAUCUUUCAUUCAGGCUUUCGAGCACAGUGUUGUGGAUAAGACGGACAAUGCCAGGGACAGGUUAUACUACUUAGAGCAGUAUACUAGUGGUAAUGGCAAAGAGUUGGUACAGAGUUGCUUACAGAUAGACCCCCCCCCCCUGAGGAGGCCUAUCAGGAGGCCAUGAAGCUCCUGAGGGACAAUUUUGGAGACGAAUUCAGAAUUAGUUCGUCUUACGUGCAAAAGGCCAUGAAGUGGCCAGACAUUGAGAAAGAAAAUGGGAAAUCGGUGAAAGACUAUUCGCUGUUUUUGAUCGGGUGUAGGAAUGCGAUGAAGUCACAAGCAUAUAACGAGUUGGACCACCCUAAGAACAUUUUGCAACUUGCAAAGAAGUUGCCCUUUCGUCUGAGGGGGCUAUGGCGUUCAAAAGCAGUGGACAUCAAGGGAAGAGAAAAGAAGCGGGCCCUGUUUGCAGACUUUGUCAGUUUCGUAGUGGCCCAGGCAAGGAUUCUCACAGAUCCAGAGUAUGGAAACAUCAAUGAGAAGCCUGCCAAGGACCUCAUGAAAAAUCCAGUGAGAUCCGAUCCCAAGAGUAGGACCCUUGCCACCAACAGUCAAUCUGCGACAGGAUCUCGAAGAGAACGGAACACAACGAGAGACAAACCGUCAACACCGGCCGUAGGGAACGUGACGGGAAAGACCAAGACUACGCGGAGCUGUGCAGCGUGCGAGGAGGACCAUCUGAUCACCGAGUGUGAGAAGUUUAAGGAGAUGCCGCUGAAGGAACGCGAGAGAACAGUACAAGCGAAUGGACUUUGUUGGGGGGGGGUGUUUGAGAUACAAUCAUAUGAAACGAGACUGUAAACGUAAACUUAAAUGUGAAAUUUGUAACCAUUAUCAUCCGACUGUAUUGCACCGCUAUAAUGAUGUUUCUAUUUUUUCCAGGAGAACAGAAACUGACAAUGCUAGUAGUAACUCAACUUCUCACUCUAUGAUUGUGCCAGUACAGGUAUAUACCGAGGGUUCCCCCGCUCUGACGUUGAAAUUGUAUGCCUUGUUGGACCCCCAGUCCGAUUCAUGCUUUAUUUCAGAAUCUGCUGCCCAGAAGAUUGACGCGCAGGGACAUCCGAUGUCACUGAGGUUGGCCACGAUGCUUGGCGAAGAGGUGGUGAAGUGUGAGCGAGUUUCUGGCCUGAGCAUACGGAGCACAGAUGGGACGGUCGAUGUGAGUUUGCCGCCAACAUACACCAGGGGCUCCAUCCCAGCUGAGCAUCAUCAGAUCCCUAGGAAGGAGACGGUCGAGAGAUGGCCACACCUGGCGGCGAUAGGAUCAAAAUUGCCGCCGUACGACAGCACACUCGAGAUAGGCCUGCUGUUGGGUUUCAACUGCCCCCAAGUGUUAAAACCAAGAGAAGUUGUACCUGGGGCGGACAGUGACCCCUACGCCAUCAGGACGGACCUCGGUUGGGGUAUUAUCGGUGUGAUGGGAAAAUCAACAGGAGAAGCACGCUUUGCCUACAGAACCAGUACAAAGGAGAUUGAUCCAGGUCAAGUGCAGAAGAUGUUCGAGCUGGACUUCAGCGAGAAGCGUGCAGAAGAGGACUCUCAGGGAUUGUCGGUGGAAGAUCACCGGUUUCUUUCGAUAAUGAAAGAUGGUAUAAGGCAGCUUGACAACGGUCAUUUCGAGCUACCCCUCCCCUUCAAAGAAGAUCAAGUAAGGUUACCGAACAACCGUCCUCUUGCUCUGAAACGUUUGAAUGGUCUGAAGAGGAGAUUGAGUAGGGAUGAGAUGUAUCAUAGAAGAUACACAGAGUUCAUGGAUGACUUGCUCACCAAAGGUUAUGCGGAGGAGGCUCCACAGGAAACAGUUGAAGGACGCGUGUGGUAUGUGCCCCACCAUGGGGUACCCAAGAAGCCGGAUAAAGUGCGAGUGGUGUAUGAUUGUAGCGCCAUCUACCAGGGAGAAGCGUUGAAUCACCACUUGCUGCAGGGGCCAGACCUUUUGAACAACUUGACCGGGGUUCUUUGUCGCUUUAGGAAGGAGCGAAUAGCCUUCACUGGGGACAUAGAGGCAAUGUUUUAUCAGGUUUCUGUACCAGAGCGAGACAGGGAUAUGCUACGAUUCCUGUGGUAGAGGGACGGCCAGCUUGAUACAGAUCCAGUGGAGUAUAGAAUGACUGUGCAUGGGUUUGGUGCAGCGUCCUCCCCUGGAUGUUGCAACUUUGCACUCCGAGCUGAGAAGUAUGGAGAUAAACAUGGGAAAGAAGCGGAGAACUUUGUAAACAACCAGAUGUAUGUGGAUGAUGGACUAGGAUCCAAGAGGGACACAUCUGAGACCAUCGACUUGAUAGUCAACAGCAGGCCGCUGACCUUCCUCGACACUACUGACCCAAGUUUCCCACAAGCCAUCAGUCCGAGUCAACUCUUGACGUUGAAAACCAAGGUAGUCAUGCCGCCCCCUGGAAGGUUCGUAAAGGAGGAUCUAUACUGCAGGCGCCGUUGGCGAAGAGUUCAGAAUAUGGCCAAUCAGUUUUGGCACCAGUGGCGAAAGGAAUUCCUCCUCUCUCUCCAAGGGAGGAAGAAGUGGACUGAGGGCCGUAGAAAUGUCACGAGGGAUGACAUCGUGUUGGUGAUAGACGAGGACCAAGCUAGGUGCAAUUGGCCACUUGGACGUGUGGUGAAUACUCGUGAAUCAGAGGAUGGUAUGGUAAGAUCCGUUGAGGUUAGGGUUGGGAAAAGGACCCUAGAAAGACCAGUUCACAAGCUGGUGUUGCUGGUCCCUGCAGAGGAGCAACUACCUCGCGCUUAGGGGAAAUUGAAGUUGGGAGGUGGUUGGGACAGAUUAGGCAUUUUUAAGGACCUAAGAUGCCUUUGCUUUCUCUACCAUUUCCGUCCUCAUAAGUUCGAUGAGGAAUGCUCGAGUCGGCACUGGUCUAUGUCGCUGAGGACAAGACUGAGUGCUAACAAUUCUGUUCGUUGAAAGUUGUUAACUUGUAUCAUAUGACACAUGUUUCGUGUCAAAGGUUUAAUUUGAUUUGCACGCAGAUUUGCACAGAAUGUAAGUUGUAUUAAUUCGGAAGAGCCCAGAAUUGCUGUAAGAAUUUGAUCUAGAUGAAGCAAGGUUGUGUAACAUUACAUGUAGAGGGUGAAUGUUAAUGUAGCAUAAGAUGUUGAUUGCAGGGUUGCGAACAACCUGGUGGUUUAGGGCUGUACUUUGGUACCGGUACAAUUUUGAAUCACUAGAGUUCCUGCCUUUUGGAAAGCAGCAAACUGUUUAGUAGAAAGAGUGUUGAACAAGUUGAGUUGCAUAUGUAACGUCUAUUGGAAGAAGGUUUUAUUGAAUGUGUAUGUAAGAGACAGUUGUAGGAAACAGAAAUGGAAAAAGGGGGAGGAUUUAGUUUCAAGUUGGAAGUUACUAAGUAUGUUAUUUUGUCUUGUAAAUAUGUUACAGAUUUGAUCUCCAUACAGCAAGUUUCCAAGGUUGUUAAUUGCGUGUUGGGGCGUUGGUUGUGUAAAUUGGGGUACAAUUUAGGUGGGGUGUGUGACAGCCAGUAGGCUUGAGACUCCCUUUAAGAGUGUUUGAAUUUGGCACCAUCCAAUUUUACCGCCAUUGUUAGCCUUUUGUUUGAGUCUGCGCAAUAGGCGCUCAUAUACUGAUACAGAUGGAACCGGGGCGAUUGCCGGAUCUGUCUUGGUAAUUUGGAUAAAGCACGGGAUAUCAAAGAGGUAAUUAUGCCUAAGACUAUAUUGUUUAGAAGGAUGAAAGUCCAGUCUGUAACUGUAAGGCCUGUGGAGAUGCUGUAUCGGUCCAGAUACUGUAAAAGGGCCACUUUGAUGAGGGGUUUCUCGACCAACAUGGCGUUGUUUACCUUUCUAGUCUUUGUUUUGUUGACUUCGCCACUGGGUUUUUGUGGCCUAAAUAUAAUUUGUAAGGGUUCAGAGAAGUCUUAAUUAUGUAUGUUACUAUGUACACUAUUUAGUUAUGUAGGCCUACAAGCCUGCCAGGUGCCUGGGAUUCUCUUGUUGGGAGAGAAUUUGCACUGUAGCGGCCCGUGGUUUUGCAGGCCUUUUCUAGUUUUCUGUGUGUAGUUUAGUGCAAUACUCGUAGAUGGCAGCACCUGACGGCUUGGAGGUUUUGUCUUUCAAGAAGCCAGUUUGGCUCUACUUCUAUACUGUUAUGAAGGUUGAUUGUAUUUUUAGUGUGGAAAUUAUUGUAUCAUUUCAGAUUCCACGG